AUGGCAGCCGCUACCGCUUCGUUUGCCUUCUCAAGACUCCUCUCCUCCGCCACCAAACCCCACCUCACCUCCGCCUCCACCUCUCUCCUCCCUGCCAACCACCGCUCUCUCACCUUCUCUUCCUCCAUUUCUCCCCUUCGCAUCAAAAACCUCCGCCUCACCCACCGUCACGCCAUCAGAUACUCCACCACCCCCAAAAUCUCCGCCACCAUCUCCGUCGGAGACAAACUCCCCGACGCAACCUUAUCCUACUUCGACUCCGACGGCGAACUCCAAACCACCACCAUAACCGAUCUCACCAAAUCCAAAAAAGCCAUCCUCUUCGCCGUCCCCGGUGCCUUCACACCCACUUGCUCCCAGAAACACCUCCCCGGAUUCGUGGAGAAAUCCAGCAAACUAAAAUCAAAGGGCGUCGACACAAUCGCUUGUAUUUCAGUCAACGACGCCUUCGUGAUGAAGGCAUGGAAGGCCGAUUUGAAAGUCGGCGAUGAAGUGUUGCUAUUGAGCGAUGGAAAUGGGGAUUUCACGAAGGCAAUUGGGUGUGAAUUGGAUUUGAGCGAUAAGCCGAUUGGAUUAGGGGUUAGAUCAAGGAGGUAUGCGAUGCUUGUUGAAGAUGGUGUUGUGAAGGUAUUGAAUCUUGAAGAAGGUGGGGCUUUCACUUCCAGUGGUGCAGAUGACAUGCUCAAAGCUCUUUGA